GUGUCCGCGUCAUGGCGGAGGCGGCUUUGGACGCCGUGCGGAGGGAGUUACGAGAAUUCCCGGCCGCGGCAAGGGAGCUCAGUGUGCCUCUUGCUGUGCCCUACCUGGACGAGCCCCCCACUCCACUCCGCUUCUACCGGGACUGGGUCUGUCCCAACAGGCCCUGCAUCAUCCGCAAUGCCCUGAAUCACUGGCCGGCCCUCCAGAAGUGGUCCCUCCCCUACCUCAGAGCCACAGUGGGCUCCACAGAGGUGAGUGUGGCUGUGACCCCAGAUGGUUACGCAGAUGCCGUGCGAGGGGACCGCUUCGUGAUGCCUGCUGAGCGCCGCCUGCCCCUGAGCUGUGUGCUGGACGUGCUAGAGGGCCAGGCCCAGCACCCGGGAGUGCUCUAUGUGCAGAAGCAGUGCUCCAACCUGCCCUCUGAGCUACCCCAGCUGCUGCCUGACCUAGAGCCCCAUGUGUCCUGGGCCUCUGAGGCACUGGGAAAGAUGCCUGAUGCUGUGAACUUCUGGCUGGGAGAGGCAGCUGCAGUGACAUCUUUGCACAAGGACCACUAUGAGAACCUCUACUGUGUGAUCUCAGGAGAGAAACACUUCUUGUUACAUCCGCCUAGCGACCGGCCCUUCAUCCCCUAUGAGCUGUACACACCGGCAACCUACCAGCUAACUGAAGAGGGCACCUUUAAGAUGGUGGAUGAAGAGGCCAUGGAGAAGGUGCCCUGGAUCCCACUGGACCCCUUGGCUCCAGACCUGGCCCGGUACCCCAGUUAUAGUCAGGCCCAGGCCCUUCGCUGCACGGUGCAGGCUGGCGAGAUGCUCUACCUGCCAGCCCUGUGGUUCCACCAUGUCCAGCAGUCCCAUGGCUGCAUUGCGGUGAAUUUCUGGUACGACAUGGAGUAUGACCUCAAGUACAGCUACUUCCAGCUGCUUGACUCCCUUGCUAAGGCUUCAGGUCUCAACUGAGGGAUCCCUGGUGAACACUGCCAGGCACGACUCGGGGGAGGUUGAGCCCUCCCUGGCCGGGCCGAUGUUGGAGACAGCCUGUAGCUUGAGCGCAUGCUGGCUGCUGGCCCAGGGUGCGACUCAGGUUGGGAUCAGCUUUGGAAGAUCUCAGGAUGAGGUCAGGAGGACUCAGAGGUGCCAAGCAGGUCUGGGUGAGGGCUCCCUGGAAGUUGCCACAGAGGUGAAGAGUGGGGAUCAGGAACAGCAGCGCCUCUCACCAGUGCUGUGACUUUGGGCGAGUCACUGCCUCUCAGGGCGUUGGUGUCUGUCUGUAAAAUGGAAGUAAUCAUGGUUCCACCUCACAAGGCUGUCGUGGGGUUGGAGGUGCUACCUGUGAGGGCAGCACUGGCAGGCACAGAAGAAGUGUUCAAUAAAAGGUAACUGUGAGUC